AUGAGGACUAUACCUCUAAUAAUAAGGCGGCACAAAAGUAUUAAAAUAAAAUCGGACUCAGCAUAUUGCUACUUUGGCUACUUCAUUUGCAACCAUCAGUGAUUAGGAAGCUUUCUUCUUUGGAGUACACUUAAGCCUACAUGGAGAUUUUGUGUGGAUGCAUUUGUAUAGAAGUCUCAAAUGGUAUAUCCGGUACUGUAUCAAGGAUAGCACAGUGUACACAACCGCUGAACCAAUGAACCAUUUUUCACAAGUUACGCGCAUAUUCCUUCCACCUGCACUCACACUUACCAGUGUCUAUGUGACUCCAUCACCCCCAAACAGAAACCAUUCAUUGUUUUGAUUUAAUUUUGCCGCGAUAAUCUUCAGUUAUACGGUGGACCUUACCCAAUUGACACACAAACGCUCUUCCUCCUCAUGAUCAUGAUGAUGGGAAGUUAUCAACGAAUACAAAACUAUAAUCGGCUAAUCAAAAUAAUCUUAUCGCUGGUAUUUCUCUGUGCCACCACAUUCAAUUGCAUUCAAACGCAAAAAGUAGUCAGAUUUACAACGACAACCACAACGAAGCAGCCUUUCCACCGCUCGCCGGGACUAUCGUUGCCGCGCAAGGAUUUCAAUCCACCGAAAUGUAAAAUCGAAGUGCCAGCCGUCUUCUUCCAAACCGAGAAGGAUAUACCCAUACGUGGCAACAGCACCUCUGGCAACAUCUUUUACAAUGAGCUCGAUGUCUGCUGUCCUGGCUACAAACGCUACGAUUUCGAUUGGAGCAAAUGUGUACCGGAUUGCGGCAAUAAAUGUCAGAAAAAUGGCUUCUGCAUAGAUGGUGGCAUUUGCCAAUGCUUUGAUGAGUUUGUAUUGAAUCAUCGCAAUGAUUGUGUGCCCACCUGCCCGUUGGGUUGUCCCAAUGGCCAGUGUUACUUAAAUGGCACUUGUGUCUGUAAUAAGGGCUAUAUGUUGGAUCCCACUAAAAAAUAUUGUGAACCCAUAUGCGAAUUGGGCUGUGGACAUCAUGAGAUUUGUGCUACACCAAAUCAAUGCGUUUGUGCCGAUGGCUAUGCUCGUUCUUCAGAUUUUAAAUUGGCUCACAUUGGCUGUCAACCUGUGUGUAUACCGGAUUGUGGCUUUGGCCAUUGUGUGGCACCCAACCAGUGUGAGUGCUUUCCUAACUACGAGAAGAAAGAAAAUGGAACAGUGUGCAUACAUUUGGGAUUUUUACGCUGUGACAAUGGCUUUCAUGCAACUAAGGAUAGCUGCAUCUGCAAUCAGGGUUAUCGCUAUGAUGAGAAUACCACAUCAUGUCUGCCGGAUUGUGGAGAUGAUUGUGAGAAUGGGGUAUGCAGAUAUCCCGGUGUUUGCAAAUGUUUUAAUGGUUAUAAACGAAAUGGACCUAGAUGUGAAGCUGUUUGUGAAAAUGGCUGUGGCUAUUAUGGCAAAUGUAUUUCUCCGGACAUAUGCGGUUGUGCCAUCAUCGAUGGUCCUAUGAAAUCCUUUCAGAAAUGUGAAUUGGGCUAUUGCACUUCCAAUGGUCGUUGUCGCUGUCAAACAGGCACUACACGAUUCAUCAAUCAAUGCCUGUCACCCGACAAGGUCACCACCUAUGCCACCAUGCACCAUUAUAAGUUAAAUGGCGCCUUUCUUGAUGAAUUCAAUUUGUUAAUCGGAAGAUAUUUUAAUUUUACUCAAUUGUGAGUUUAAUUGGUCUAAAAAUUUUCUUUAAUUGGAUAAUUGACUUGAGUGAGAAUGGUUGGCUUUGAAAUAAAUGGUAAAUAUUUUUAAAACUUGA